GUCAAUUGGGAAAAGUUUAUCGUUUGUUCCCCAGAGCUUAUGAGCUAAUAACGUCAAGUGGAUUGAGAUCGGCGAAUGCGGUUUUAAUUGAAAUUUCAGGUGGAGUGUACUUUAACUGACAAGACAGUUUAUCUAAACCUGAAACUGAAUACAAGCCAGACAUGGCCCUUUACAAAGCUGCAGAAUUUUUGUCUUUGACAACGAGCUGAACUAAAGCAACAUGCCAUUAUGGAUAAACCCGAAGAUCAGGAUUUCUUGUACAACAGUGUAAAAUGGCCAAGCUGGCACCAAAUGGUACAAGGUUAUAAAAGGAUAUUUAACAAGAUUGACGAGUAGCUUUCAGCGAAAUGGCGGGAGUGAAAGCUGCCUCAACUCCGCGAACUUCGCAACUAUUGCCCGUAAGGCGACCUAGUACAAUGUUCAAUAGAUGUAUAUCCUCGAAUAUUACGAUGGUCCAUACAGAUGAUGGAAAACCAGCUGUUAUUGCAAAGCAAAGUACAUUCAGCGUUCCAAGUUUGAAUGGACCUUAUGGAGUAUUGAACAUAACACGCGUUGAAGAGCGUUGCAGUGAUGCGGAAGUAGACGACGACGUGAUGUCAACAGUUAGUGGAUCCUCCUACACAUCCUCCUCGUGUACAAGUAUAAGUCCAAGUCCAUCAGUUCCUGUUCUUCGCGUCAAGUCUUCAUAUGCAAAAACAUCACAUGAUGCGCUCAGACUGGCUUUGCGACAAUUGGAAUGGCAGGAAAAAGCUAAACAAGAUGGAGCUUACGACUUUUAUUGGCAUGGCGUCACGUAUGAAGACACGUGCCACGACAGUGUAACAGAAGUUCACGCAGUCAACAAGCUACCCGGAAUGCUGGAAAUAUCCCACAAGGUUCAAUUAUCACGUAUUUUAAAACGAAUGCAAACGUUAUAUCCCGGAGAAUUCGACUUCUAUCCAACUUCCUGGGUUAUUCCGGAACAAUAUCAUCAGUUCAUUGGAGAAGUCGGAACUGCUGCCGGCAGUAAAAAUAAAAACGGUCGUUUUACCCCAGAUAAUAAAGUCAGAAAAUCUUCGAUACCUACGACUCCUCGCACUUUCAUCGUAAAACCGGACGCUGGAAGGCAAGGCGAUGGAAUUUAUCUGGUUACAGAUCCACGAGAUGUUCAAGCUGAAGUUGGGACAAGGCCUUCUAUUGUGCAGGAAUACAUUGAUUCGCCUUUGUUGCUUGAAGGUUAUAAAUUUGACCUUCGAAUAUAUGUUGUUAUUUCAAGAAUUGAUCCGGUCGAAAUAUAUAUUUGCAAGGAAGGCCUUGCAAGACUAUGUACGACCCCAUACGAAGCACCAACUAAGCAAAACGUCAAGAAUACCUUCAUGCAUUUAACAAACUACAGUUUAAAUAAAAACAGUGAAGAUUUUGUACAAACUGAUGCGGCAGGAACUGGUUCGAAGCGGACAUUAACGAGCGUUGAAGAGUUAUUGGAGAAGAAGGGCUAUGACGUCAAGCGAAUGCGCAAAGAAAUCAAACAACUUGCCGUCAAGACUAUUUUGGCAAUAUUGCCAGAUCUUGCAAUAUGGAGCCACGCGAGCAAUAUAACAAAAAAUACUAGAUGCUUUCAAAUACUUGGAUUUGAUGUCAUGCUCACAUCCGAGUUGAAAGCUUAUUUGUUGGAAGUGAAUGCGGCUCCUAGUUUGCGAAUUGAUGCUGUACACGAGGUUGAGCCAGACAGUGGUGUUUUUGAAACUGUAAUCAGUGCUGUUGAUGAGCAGGUCAAAGUAACUCUCAUUAGGGAUACAUUGGAAUUAGUAGCGCUUGGAGAAGAAAAUAUUGACAUGACUACAUCCUGUUUAAAGCGGAUUUAUCCGGUUAAAAAUCCGAACGAACCACCAAAAAAUUUUCAAGAGUUUCAGGAACGUAUUCGACUUUGUGACAAGCGUUGCAGAGAACAUAACACUCAUGGAGGUUCCCGGACUUCCGCAAGCCUUUUAUCUCAUCAAAUAUCAGACUUGAAAACCCGCGAAGGCACUUCUCGAGCACGAAAUCAUUGGUUUUGUAAUCGACACUGUCUGCAUUGUCAUGCAACAAUUACCAGAAAAAAGUCGAAUUCUGUUCCAUCUGUUAUAAAAUAUAGACAGGCCGGAGAUAACCCGCUUUCUUCCGAUUGGAGAUUCUUUGAUCAUCAUUCGUGUGGUUCGACGCUAUUGAAAUACGAAAGGCAACCAGUUGUAAAUAAUUUUAAACAUAAACCCGCGAAACAAAAUAGAUUCGAGACUGGCGGUACAGAUCUCGUCUCAUCUGACGAAGACGAACCGUAUAAACAAUGUUACAACUGUGGAGGAUAUCUAAACGAAGCGGUCGGUCCUGGUAUCAUAGAACAAAGAGACCUGCUUCAUUGUAAAGAAAACCUACCUGAAGUCGUGGCGCAAUCAUAUUCUUUCACACAACUUGGCACAAUUUUAGACCGAGACAAAAACAAUCCUUUACUACAUAGAGAGUUUAAGCUUACUCCAGCACACACUAGUCUUGUUUUGCCACGAUAUGAUACGAAAGAACGUGAUAAUUAUGGACAAAAAGCUUGGGCUACAGACUCAAACAAAGACCUAUUAGCAGACGAUAAGAAAAGCAAACAUCAAUGCCAGGAUAUCCAGGAGAAAAUAAUUCCCAGCAUCCCCGGAAAAAGAGGGGUUGUUGACCGUAACGCAAAAUCUUCGACAUUUUCUGGAUACCACAUGUUACUAUUGCGUAGAUGUGCCAAAAUUUUUAUUUACUUCAAUGGCAUCAAAUCAAGCUUAGCUAUGGGUGCAACAGCGUUCAGAAAUAUGGCCAGAAAGUGCAAUUUAUGCGAUCAAGGUUCUCUUCCGUCUAUUGAUAUUUUAUACAUAGACUCAUUACGACAAUGGCAAAGCUACCGGAACGCCCAUGGAACACCAUAUUACAUUCAAACAUCUGAUCAGCAAAAGGACCUAAAGAGUAAAAAGGCUUACCUGAAACAAGCCACCGGUCUCCCCUUCCAAGGUUUUGUAGACGCUAUAUUCCGGAUAGCUUCUCAACGGUAUCGAGGAGAAACAUUACGAGACAAAGUCGAAUGCUUGAUAGCAGGGUGUGAGCGAUAUAUAGCAAGUGCAAAGAAAAUUGAAAAAGCAGAGAAAUUAAAACAGCGUGAAAGAGGUGGAACUCUGAUGUCACCCUGGAAAGAUCCAGUGGAGAAAAAUAACCCGAGGCCUCGUAUAAAACCAAUAAAUAUUGGCAGUUAUCCAAAAUUAACCCGUAGAUCGAGGCGUAUAUCUCAGUAAUUUUUGCUUGUUGACCUUCGUCGUUGCCACUCAUUAAUAUAACACGUAUUGGUCAGCCUCACUUGCUUGCCAAUACAAAACAUCUAA